AAUGGAUCGGCUGCUUUCCCGCGAACGUUGGGGCUGUUCUCUCUCUCUCUCAUCAUAACUAGAACCUUCUAAUUUCUUACAAAAGUUUAGGGCUCUUCUAGGGUUUAAGCCCCCAAACUACCUUACUGCUGAAAUACCCCAGCUCUCUCUUCUAUCGUUGUCGGAGAGUAAAAUUCGAGAGCAACCCUAAAGAGGUACGCCCAAAUGUUUCGCUCUCAUGGCGUCAAACUUGUUGCCUGGCUCGUUCGUCGCUCUCCCUCAUUCAACCUUUUCGAAGAGUCUGCUAAUUCCGUAUAUAAGAAUCUGUUAAAUGGGAGUUGUAGGAGAUUGAGUACUGGGGUUUGCAACCAUGGUAGAGUUAUUGGCAAUUACUCUCCCAAAAAUGUUAAUCACAAACACUGGCUGUUAUUGGGAUCUUGGAAUGCCAAUUCUGGCACAACAAGGUCAAUUCAUGGCUCUGCUCAUAUGUCAAGUGAUUAUUAUGACAUACUUGGUGUUAGCAAGAAUGCAGGUUCAUCUGAGAUAAAGAAAGCUUAUUAUGCGCUGGCUAAGAAACUCCAUCCUGAUACAAAUAAAGAUGAUCCUGAAGCUGAAAAGAAGUUUCAAGAAGUUUCAAAAGCAUACGAGGUUCUGAAAGAUGAUGAAAAGCGUGCACAAUAUGAUGAGGUUGGCCAUGAUGCAUAUGAACGUAAUCUUAAUGGAGAUUUUCAUCCUGGUGGGCCAGGAUUCGAUAAUCCCUUUGACAGCUUCUUCAGAAUGGAUGAUAUAUUCAGCAAUAUAUUCAAGCAGAAGCUGGGUGGCCAAGAUGUCAAGGUUGCUAUUGAGCUAUCCUUCAUGGAAGCUGUUCAGGGAUGCACCAAAACUAUCACAUUUCAAACUGAUACACCUUGUGAAGCUUGUCGUGGUGAAGGUAUUCCUCCUGGAGUAAAACCCCAAAUGUGUAAGAGGUGUAAAGGCACUGGCAUGGUGUUCACUCAAAAAGGCUUUGUUAGUCUUCAACAUACUUGUAAUCAGUGCGGUGGAACUGGGCAAACUGUAUCGAGCUUUUGCAGGUCAUGCAAUGGAAGUAAAGUAGUGAGAGGAACAAAGUCUGUCAAAUUGGAUAUUGUGCCAGGAGUGGAUGACAACGAAACCAUAAAGGUGCCGAGAAGUGGUGGAGCAGACCCAGAGAGAAAUCAACCUGGUGAUCUAUUUGUAACCAUCAGGGUUCGGGAAGAUCCUGUUUUCCGAAGGGAAGGCUCUAACAUUCAUGUGGAUGCUGUUUUGAGUGUUACUCAGGCAAUAUUGGGGGGAACCAUCCAGGUCCCUACUCUUACAGGAGAUGUUGUACUUAAGGUCCGACCUGGCACCCAGCCUGGCCAGAAGGUGGUCCUGAAGAAAAAAGGGAUUAAAGCUCGCGGCUCAUAUACCUUUGGUGACCAAUUUGUGCACUUCACUGUCAGCAUUCCAUCGAACUUGACUCCCAGACAGCGGGAAUUGAUUGAAGAGUUUGCCAAAGAAGAACAGGGCGAAUAUGAUAAGCGUGCUGCUGGAGCCUCUGGGUGAAAGACCUGUGAAAAGCCUUAAUCAUCAAAUAUCAAUUUCAGCAAGAAAUAUAAAAGAAGAGGGAUAAAGAAUAGCAGGAAAGGUCAAUAUUAAUUAACUGACCUUUACUGGAAGAAGUUUUGUAGGCUGACAUUUAUUUUCUGUAUGGUGACUUUUGUUUAUUUUAAAGGAAUGUAAUAUUUUUUCCCCUUGCAGAUCACUAUUAAUACGAUGUUAUUUGAGGCCAAAAGAUAAAGUUUUCUGAUUCAAUUACAAGGAUCUCUGUACAUAAUUUACAUUGUAUUUUUAUGACAAGUAUUAUAAGGGGAUGCAGUAUGCAACCCAUCAGAAUGA